AUGCAGAACCUCGAGAAGAUCCCCUGGGCGAAGGACAAUCCUGCUGACGUGGCAGCGCUGGACGAUCCGAUCGUGAUCGUUGGUUACACCAACCCAACGAUGCUCUUCAUGGAAGCUGGAGCAGCAGAUCUCUGGGGUGACGCCUACCUGGCCUCGCCCUGCACUGUUCAGCUGGGCGGCAAACUCACACCUCUUUCUGGACUUCAACGCAAGGCUGACAAGGUGCACUGGUGGCGGGCGCAGGCAGUGCGAUUCAUCAUGCGGUGGCCAUCAGCUCAUCUCUGCCACGUCACCAACCAGGAGAGGCACCGCGCCUUCGGCGUGCUCGCAGCCAAUCACGUCGCUCGCUUCCUGCACACCCAAUCAGAAGCUCUCUCUUCCUUCUCUCACAGCACCGCCCCUGCUGCUUCUGCAACUCCUGCUGCACCUACCGCACUCAACGUCCCAACUGAUGCAAGUGACUGGGAAGCAAGGAGGAGAAGAGCAGCAGAACGGUUGGCGGCCCUUGCGGGUUCCUCCUCCUUGUCUUUCCACGCAGACGCCACAGGCAGUGCCACAGGGGGUGCCAGUGACAAUGCCAGCGGCUCGGAUGCCAGCUGGUCGCUGGGAGUGCAGGAGCCGUACAUGCCGCGGCCUAUAGUGAGUCUGCAUGUAAGGGGUACGGACAAGGUUGCAGAGAUGGGCCUGACCUCCCUGAACUCCCACAUCUUCCACAUGAACCGCCUCCGCCCGCAGGCGCUCGACCUCUCCCACGUCUGGCUCAACACUGAGACUCAGGCCAACGUGGACCGAGCGGUGGCGGAUCACCUCUCCUGGAGUUUCUACUACUCGUCCAAUGCGCGGCAGCAGGAAGCAGUGGGGGGGCUGCGGGAGUACGAGUGGGUGCAGUCGGUGGCGGUGAGCUUUGCAAGCGUGCUGAUCGCUGCGCAGUGCGAUUACUUUGUCGGCAGCCUCGGCUCCAACUGGAGCCGUCUCAUGAAUGAGCUCCGCUCCACCAACGGCCGGCUGGGUGCUGGAUUCAUUGCUGACAACGUUGAGGAAUGGUGA